AAUGGGUUCAAUUCUUCGCCACAUUUGUUGUGAAUUUUUCUCGGAACAUCUAGCUUCGCUUCUCGAACCUUUUUUGUGUUGAAUGUUAUUACAAAUAUAGUAAAAAGUUGCAAAAUUACACAUUUUACAUCUUUCCACCGACUGCUAACGCGAAAGCACAAAUCAGCCAUUGGUACCAACACUCCCGGUUGGCAACAGCAAACACACAUCUUGGAAACCGUCCGAGGCCGUGCAAAACGCAAAGCGACAGAACUAGAACAAGAGUGCGAACAAAAAGUUACGCGACGGGAAGUAGCAGUAGCAGCAGCAGCAGCAGCAGCAGCGUACUGCGGUUUUGCGAUAAUAUUCUAGCACGGCCGCUGAAAGCUGUGUUCCGCUGUGCAUAAUAGACGGUGGUAACUGUGCGAAACGGAUUGUUCGUCUACGGUGCAAAUACGGUUUCUGUAUAUUUUAAAAACUAAACGACAUAUUUGUUUGCGAUUUGGGCCUGUGAAAUAUCUGCCACCAUGAGCGCCGAAGAGAGCACAGAACAACAGACCACUAUUGCUGAAGUCGCUGAAGAUCAGCAAUCCGAGGAUAAUCCUCAGGAGCAGCAGCAGCAGCAGCAGUCUGUCAGUGAGCUGGAGAAGCAGGAGGAGGAGAAAAUGAAAGCCAAGUACGGCUCAAACGCUAGCAUGGGUGGUCCGCGUGGCUUAGGCGGCCAUUCGGCGUUCCUGCAAAAGCGGCUUCAGAAGGGUCAAAAGUACUUCGACUCUGGUGAUUACCAGAUGGCCAAGCAGAAGGGUGGCGGUGUGAAGCAGGUGUUUGCGAACAAAGUCCCAACCGGCGAAGCGAUACCGACACCCGAAACAGUUCCGGUGCGGAAAACCUCCAUCAUUCAGACUUGCAACAAGUUUCAAAGUUAAGAAUGCAACAGCGCGCUGUUUUCCAGUGAUCGUGGAUCUAAUGAAAAGGGAGCUAGUAGUGGUGGAACUGUUUGAACAAAUGGAAGAGUUAUGGUAUUCUACACGUCGCUAUUCUUUUCCUUGCGGCCUGUAUUCUUGUGCAUGUCGGGUUGGUCACUUGGUAGGAUGAUAAGGAUAUCCGAUGUUAGAUUACAUUGCGAAGGGUUUUUUUUUACUGUUUUGUUCUUGGAGCAGCUUACAAUACAUACAUACAUACAUUCAGUUCAACCAUUUGCGCAUAUUGACUAACAAAACUACGUCCCAUUGUGUAAGGUUAAGACGAAUUUAACAUUUUGUUCCACGGUCAAACUGUUGUCAAGAAGCAACUUGUUUACGAACGUUAAGCCAUAAAAGCAUACUUAAUCAGUUUGGAAAUGUUCCAUCGCUUUUUUUAUUCAUUGUGCGAAACAAGAUCCUUCAAUCAAUCCAUGCAUUGUGAGUAGGAUUUGGAAUGGAAAGGGGCAAUUUUCAUAUUGGUGCAUUUUUUUCCUCUCCUCAUCCUUCGUUCGUAAAAUUGAUUAGCUCCCCCGACGUUGGACGGGUUAUUGGUAAAUGUAUGUUUAUUAAUUGGUAAUGUACUUGUAAUCCAUAGGGAAUAUAGUUCAUGGGAAGUAUCAGAAGGCAGAAGAACACGAGCAGCAUCAUCAUCCGCAUGUGUCCAGAGUGUAUGUGUGUGUGUUUGCUCAAUGUUCUGACUAACUGUAUGUAUGCUAGGGAUGUACCGAGUUUGUAAGUAAGUGUGCAUUGUGCUAGCAGCGGCCCCGCAUUGUACCAUCUUCAGUCGCGCGAGUCCUGCAAUUCCCGAGAACACGAAGAAGAUAGCAGUAGAGUGUAAGCUAUUCAAAUGCUACGUGGCAGGAAGCAAUGAUUAGGCGUAGAUUUGUACGAUUGCACCGCGAAUAAAAUCUACAACGAUUACUACACGUUCAUUGGCGUAGAGGCAUCUUAAAAACACACACGCGCGGGGUCGUCGCCGUGAGUGAGAAGGAUUUGGAUUACAGCGGUGGAAGCACUCACAAAUAAAAACCGGAUGGUAGCAGGUAUUUUGUUAAGCAAUCUGACUAUAUCGAUAAAUUGUUAAAAUGGAGAAAAAUACAUGAAUGUGAGUCAGAGGUAACGA